AUGGCUGAAGAGGACCCAUUGAGCAAGUUCUACAAGCAGUUUCAGGUGUUUGUACAGAACAACCCGAAUGUGAUAUCUGCUGCUAGAGCGGCUUCGCAGAUCCCAGAGUCUGCGAAAGCUGUUAUCGUACUGUCACCUUACUCGUUGCAACAUGCAUUUCCCAGAGAUUGGGUGAGUAAAUCCUAUCGGAAGACUAUUGUCGAAAGGCCAGAGAGGUUGCUAGCUGGAUCUAUGGGUAUAUCAGCUGCAGUGACCAUGUAUCCCGCAUUAUUCACUUUAAAAUCUUCUAAUCAGCGUAAGGGAUCGUUAGUAUCACCUCAUGUUUUGAAAGUUCAUGGAAGAGAUUGGCCUCCAACGUUGCUAAGACUUUGUAAGCAUGCGGAUGAGAAAUUGGCUAAAGGUGAGAUAGAAGUGCCCGAUUCGUGGAACUCAGGGGAUAUCUACUUGAGUUCAAAGACCAUUGAGGCUCUACAAGGGUCUAUUGGAGCCUUAGAGACUGGUGUGGACUCUAUUUUUGAAGGUCCUUCGCCUGAACAUGUGAGUAAUCGUGCUUUUGUCGUGAUACGACCACCUGGUCACCAUUGUAGGGCUGGCACGCCUUCAGGCUUCUGUUUACUGAACAACGCUCAUGUUUCAAUCGAGUACGCCCACGAUACCUACGGUAUAACCCAUGCCGUGGUGCUGGAUUUCGACUUGCAUCAUGGCGAUGGUACUCAGGAUAUAUGUUGGAAAAGAGCAGGAUUUAGACCCGAUGAACAGGAUGAAAAUACUGGUGGCUACGAUGAGUUUGGUAAGAAAUUCGCCGAAUUUCCACGAGUUGGCUACUUUUCAAUGCAUGAUAUCAAUUCAUUCCCGACAGAAUCGGGAUACGCUACCAAAGACAAUAUCAAAAGUGCAUCGACGUGUAUAAUGAACGGACAUGAUUUGAAUAUUUGGAAUGUACAUUUAUCUGCCUGGGAAACAGAAGAAGAUUUCAACAAGCUGUACCAAUCUAAAUACAGAACGUUAUUUGCUAAGGCAGAUGAAUUCUUCAAGAAUGCCAAGAUAGAGAUGAGUGCCAAGGGUAAGAAGUUUAAGGGACUUGUUGUAAUAAGUGCAGGAUUCGAUGCUUCCGAGUUCGAGCAAGUGAGUAUGCAAAGACAUGGAGUCAAUGUGCCCACUAAUUUCUACACGAUGUUCACCAAGGAUGCAUUGAAGCUAGCUCAAAUGCACUCAGAGGGUAAAGUGCUUUCAGUGCUAGAAGGUGGCUACUCUGAUAAAGCCAUAACCUCUGGGGUAUUUGCGCACUUGAUCGGACUACAGAAUCAAAACUGGAUAAAAGAAUGGGGGUCUGAGCAAGUGGUCAAAGAGAUAGUACGCGGUUGUAAGCCUAAUUGGAAACCUUACAAGUCCAAAAAGACUCGAGAUGUGAUAAGGAUCUGGGCAGAAGAAGUGAUCAAGCUCGGAAGAGCAAUGAUCCCAGAAUUCGAACAAGUACUGUUUGCAGAAACAAAAGCAGACUCUGUGCCAGAAACACAAAAGGAGAGUUUACGUAGUACAACAAUCGCACAAAGACUGACCAGAUCCCAGGGACAACAACUACCGUCAGAACCUAAGGAAGUCACACCUCCGCGUCGUAUAAUAAACAGUAAAGCAUCGGAAUCGGCCCCAGCAGUACCGUUUGCCCAACAAGAGAUUGCAACUGAUGACGAAAACGACGACGAGGACUAUGUCUACGACGAAGAACUUAACAGAACAUUCAACCGUACCGUCGAAGAUAUUACCAUCGACGAUAUCUCUCGCCAUCUGGAAACUCUCGAAAUAAUUGAAACUCCAUCUACCACGGAGCCCAAGAAACCAGUACAGCACAAGGUAGAAACCAAAGCCACGUUGGGCAAGUACAAGAUCCCAACAAGUACCACAACGCAACAUUUGAGAUCCCAUCGCUACUCCGGCGCCCCCGACUACGACGACAGUGACGUCUCCAUGGUCUCCCAUAUCUCAACGGCCAAGAAGCACACCACCAGGAGCGGUCGCAAGUGGUGA